AUGGCGCCGCAGGGCCGCCCCUCAGCCACUCAGCUGGCCUCCGCUCUAGAGCAGCUGCAGCCAGAACCGCCUGCGCCACCUCCCAUUCGCCUGCUGUCCUUCAGCGGACGGACCAGCGGCAGGCGGGUGCAGACCCACGUGCAGCGGCUGGAGGCGGCGGUGGCACAGCUCAGUGCUGAGCUGGCGGGGUCCCGCGGCGGCGGCGGCAGCAGCGCCGCUUCCCCCAGCAGAGACCACGCGACUGCUGCAGCUGCUGCUGCCGCCGCUGCACCGCACGCAGCCCCACGCUCACAACCCGGCAGCCAGGAUGCCGGCUGCAGUGCUGCUGCGGCUGGGCAUCCGGCGGCUGCAGAUGGCGCGGUUGAGGCGGCAGGCCAGGGCAGCAGCAGCCGGCACCUGGGGCUGGUGCUGCGAGAGAACGGCCUUCUCCUGGAGCAGCAGGCGGCCCUGCAGGCGGUGCUGGGCCGCAUGCAGGGCCAGCUGGCGGCGGCCGCCGCCGACAACGUCCGCCUGGCGCAGGAGGCCGCCGCCGCCGUGCGCCAGCUGCAGGCGGCCGGCGAGGCGGCGCAGGGCAGCCAGCUGCGGGAGCGGCGCCUGGCCGCGUCGCUGUCGGCCGCGGUGGGGCGGUGCGAGGAGGUGGGCAGGGAACUGGCUGCUUUGAGCGGCAAGGUGGAGGCCAAGUCGGCGCAGUGCCGGGAGCUCAGGCUUGCGGUGGAGUCGCUGUCUGGCGAGAAGACGGUUCUGACGGCGGCGCUGACCACAGCCCAGCUGCAGCUCAAGGAGGCCACGCCUGCAGGCUGGGCGGCGGAGACGGCUGAGCUUCGGCGCCAGGCGGAGGCGGCCCGCGGCGAGGCUGCGCAGGCCAAGGCGGCGGCUGCGGGGGCGGAUGCCAGGCUGGCGGAGGCGCGGCGCAGGGAGGCAGAGGCGGCGGGGCACAUGCGGGAGGCGGCUCGGUGCUUGGAGGCCGCACAAGCGGCAAGGGCCAGCGGCCUGGAACGGGAGAGGCAGCUGGCGGCCGAGGUGGCCGCGCUGCGGCAGCAGCUGGCGGGGCGGCUGCCUGAGGGCGACCCUGCCAGGGAGCGGUUCAUGCAGCUGGAGGCGGCGUCUGCCGGGCUGCAGCAGGAGCGGGGGCUACUGCUGGGCCAGGUGCAACAGCUGCAGGCGGUGGGGCAGGAGCUGAGCGUCAGCUGCCGGGCGCUGGAAGCGGGGAUGCAGGCGGCGAUACGGGAGCGGGACGGGCUGCAGGCAGCGCUCUCCCAGGCCCGGUCGGCGCACGCCGCCGAGGAGCAGCGCUGGGCGCAGCAGCGGCAGCAGCUGGAGGCCAGCCUGGGGUCCGCCAGCGGCCGCCUGGCGGGCAGCGAGGACAGCGCGCAGAGCAGCAAGGCGCAGGUGCAGGCGCUGCAGGAACAGGUGGCGGCCUUGCAGCGGGACCUGCUGGCAAGCCAGCAGGCGGCAGCCGCCCGGGAGCAGGAACUUCACACUGAGCUCAAGGUGGUGGCGGCCAAGGCGGCAGCGGAGGGCGAGGCGGCCAGGGAACGAGCGGAGGCGGCGGCCGCCACCCAGGCAGCAGAGGCCGCGCGGCAGCAGGAGCAGCUGCGGUCACGGGAUGCUGAGUUGGCGGCGGCGCGCAGGGAGGCGGCGCUGCUGGAGGCGGAGCAGCAGCGGGUGCAGGAGGAGAUGCGGCGGGGGCGGGAGGAGCGGGCGGUGGCUGCGCGGGACCUGCAGCUGCAGGCCAGCUCAGCAACGGCGGAGGCUGCCAAGCUGGAGCAGGAGCUGCGGGCAGCUCAGGGCGCGGCAGAGGGGCUGAGGAGCGCGCUGGAGGAGGCCAAGCGCGCGACGCAGCAGGCCCAGGCCCAGGCGGCGGCAGCGGUCAGCGCCCACAGCGCCCUCAGCCACGAGCGCAAGGAGCUGCAGGCGCGGCUGGAGCGGCAGGGAGUGGAGCGGGACAGGGCGGAGCGGGGCCAGGAGGCCGCGCGGCUGCAGUGCGCCGCGCUGCAGCAGCAAUGCAAGCUGCUGGAGGCGGUGGCGCAGCGGCAGGCAGCGCUGGGAGGCGUGGGCGGCGGGGCCAGGAGGGGAAGCAGCAAGGAGAAAGGCGUCGGCGGCCUGAGGCCAGGCAGCGGGCUGAUCAAGGCUCAUCGGCUAGGAGCGUACAGCAGUGGCUCAGACUGA